CUUCAAGAACACACUGAGCUGGAAAGAGACAGAGUAUUGAGAAUUCAGAUCAUAGAAAUCAUCUCUGAAGGUCUUUUCAUCUGCACACACAGGAAGGAACGAACUUUCUCUCCAUCAUUCUGUUAGGCUUUGGCCAGGAGUAAUGGUCGUGUUGAGGAUUUCUGUAGCCUGACGUCUCCUUCAGUCAUAAAGCUUACAGAACAAAGGAUCAAUGGAUGCCCAACUGAAGAAAAUCCAGCAGAUGCUGGAGAAACAGUGUCAGCUCAACAAAGAACUCCAGAAUCAGAACCAGGACCUGCAGAGACAGCUUCAGCAGAAAGAGAUUCAUUUAAAAGAGCUGCAGGACCGAUUGAAUGACUUUGCGGGUCCAUCACAAGCCAACAGUAAUGAAAUACAUGAAGUCAGAAAGAGUCGAGCGGCCGUCGUGGCUCCGGAGCCUGUAGCAGAAGACCUGGAAAUCCCUGCCAGCAGAGUCCAAAAAUCUGCAAGCGAGAGCGCUCAGAUCAUCAAAGCCAUCUCUAAGAAUGAUUUUCUCAGGCGUCUGGAUGAGGAACAGAUAAACAUGAUGGUGGAGCUCAUGACGGUUCUGGACUGCGCUCCCGGCGAUGAUGUCAUCACAGAAGGCACAGAGGGAGACAGCAUGUACAUUGUCGCUGAUGGUGAGCUGAGAGUAAUGCAGGCUGGUAUUGACCUCCGAACUUUGACCUCUGGUGAUGUGUUUGGGGAGCUGGCCAUCCUGUACAACUGUAAACGCACAGCAUCUGUCCAAGCUGUCACUGCUGUGAAGUUGUGGUGUAUUGAGAGACAAACAUACAGAAGCAUUAUGACCAGCAAAUCCAAGAAGAAACGAGAACAGCUCAUGGGAUUCCUAAAGAAAGCUCAAACUUUAAAGGCCCUGAACAAUGUGCAGCUGUCUAAGAUCAUCGACUGCAUGGAGGAGGUGAAGUUUCAGAAUAAUGAAGUCAUUGUCCGGGAAGGAACAGAGGGCAACUCUUUUUAUAUCAUUCUUAAAGGAGAGGUAUUAGUGACGAAGAAAGUGAACGGACAGCAGAAAAGCAUCCGUAAGAUGGUAGAGGGGGAACACUUUGGAGAACUGGCUCUUAUACGAGAGAUCCUCAGGACCGCCACAUGCACAGCUGUGGGAACCGUCACCUGCUUUUCCAUUGAUAAAGAGGUGUUUGAGGAGACCAUUCCUUUCGAAAGUCUGGAACUCCAUGAUGAGCCAGAUCUAAUCGAGGAUGUUGAAAAGACAGAGAAAGCGGGCCUGAAAACAUCUCUGAAGCUGAAAGAUUUGAUUCCUGUGCUGUAUCAGGAGGGCAGCUAUCAAGGAGAACCCAUCACGCUCGGAGUCGGAGGCUUCGGAAGAGUCGAGCUGGUAACAACCCUGCAGCACAGAAAGUACUUUGCCAUGAAGAAGGUCAGUAAAAAGCACAUCGUUGCAAAGAGGCAGGAAUCACACAUUCUCCUGGAACGGAGAAUCCUUCAGGCAAUCCAAUGUGAUUUUAUCGUCAGACUGCACGCUGGCUUCAAAGACUCACGAUACAUCUACAUGAUCAUGGAGUUCUGCUCGGGUGGAGAAAUCUGGACCAAGCUGAAGGAAGCGGGUCGAUUUGAAGAGAAUAUAGCGGUGUUUGUGACAGCGUGUGUGGUUGAAGCCUAUGCACACCUUCAUAAGAAAGGGAUCCUGUACCGAGACCUGAAACCAGAAAACCUCAUGCUGGACUCCAAAGGAUAUGUCAAAUUGGUUGAUUUUGGCUUUGCAAAAGAGCUCUCUCGAGGUGAGAAGACGUAUUCGUUUUGUGGUACUCCAGAGUACAUGUCUCCAGAGAUCAUUCAGAAUCAGGGUCAUGACUUCGCUGCUGACUUCUGGUCACUUGGUGUUCUGGUCUAUGAGCUUCUUGUGGGAAGUCCCCCCUUCUCCAGUUCAGAACCACAGAAGAUCUAUGCUAAGAUUUUGGAUGGUGUGAUGAAUUUUCCUCCAUAUCUGGAAGAAGGUGCCAAAUCUCUCAUCAGUAAACUGUGCAGGCCACGACCUGGACAGCGGUUGGGCAACACAAAAAAUGGCAUCAAAGAUGUGCGACAUCACAGAUGGUUUAACAGCAUCAACUGGCACAAAUUAAGAAUGAGGCAGGUGGAGGCACCAACAACCAAACUUAUAAGAAAGGGUCCCUGCUACAUAAACUUUGACAGAUUCCCCUAUGAUAAGACCAAAGCCGAGGAGGAAUUUUCAGGAUGGGAUCGGAAUUUCUAGACAAAUGUCAAGUCCUGUCUCACAGCUCUCAUCUGCUGAAUGUUCAAUAAGCUCUCUCCAAUAAUUUUACGUGCUCUUAAAGGGAUACUUCACCCAAAAAUGAACAUUCUGUCAUCCUUUAUUCACCUUUGAGUUGUUUCAAAUCUGUAUACAUUUAUUUGAUCUGAUGAACAUUUAGAAAGAUAUUCGGAAGAAUGCUUAUAACCAGACAGAUCUUACACCCAUUGACUCCCAUUGUAGGAAAAACUACUUUAUCUGUUUUUUUUGUUCUGUGGAACACAAUUUUUUUUUUUAAGAAUGUAGGACAGCAAACAGUUCUGGGGCACUUUUGAUUUCCAUUGUAUUUUUCCCCACUAUGGGGAGUCAAUUGGGGGCAAAAAAAAACAUUUCCAAGUAGUUAUAGAGACUUGGAACAACUUGAGUAAAUGAUGACAGAAUUUUAGUUUUUGGGUGAAGUAUUUUUAUUUUCCCAGAUGUCCGCUUAUGAUGUCACUAAUGUUUGUCUAUUUAAGUUAAUACAUUACCCCAUACACUGUCAGCAACACCGCCGAAGAGAUAUAUAAAUGAUUUGGGAAUGAACAGGUGUAGUUUUUACCCUGUUCUUUAAACUAUGCAAAUGAGUUGAUAUCAACAGCCAAUCACAGCACUGGAACAGAAAAACCCUCACAUCGCCAUUUGUCCUGGAAGGUUGAAGGUCAUUUCCAGGGUCACAAAUGUUUUUAUGCAUCUCUCGUCUGAGUAGGGGAGAACAAGACACAAUUUAACACUUUUUGGUUUUUGAAAUCCCCCAAUAAAACAUAUGAUGAUGAAAUGUACUUUCAUGCCUCCAAAACACUUCCUAUGAAGUCUUGGGAACUUGAGAGAGAGAAAAUUGCACGCCAUCUGUCGGAUCGAUUCAUCUCUCUCUGUCAGAGCUCUGGCGCAUUUGGAAACACAUGAUUCACUCGGGAGACACAUUAAGUUGGAAAGUAAUGUUACUUGUGAUUCGCAGUGUUUCUUCGUUCCCUGAGCAGUGUCAAGAGGGUGAGCGAAGGACAAAAUUUACUCUGGUUUCUCGGUUACCAUAGUAACAACUUGCAGAAGUGUCAACCAAGCUGGUGGCUGAAACGAAAAAAAUAUCUGGAAACGACACUGAGAUCUCCAAAGUGACAGUACUGAAUAAUCAGAAAAAACAGUCAUUGUUUCACUAAACUUAUUGUAAGCUUAAAAGAAGGUGAAUGGGACAUAUAAGAGUGAUAUUUUGAUAUACAGCAUCUCAACGCCCAUCUGAUGCACGUGUGCAUCAACCAACCAUAAAAACCUGAACUGCAUUAAGGCUGUUUAUCAGAUCAUAUCAUUUAUUUUCCACAAUCAGAGCAUCAAAUGAGAGAAUAAUUUACACUUAUACACAGCAACAGAAUGUGUCUUGUUUAUAAAAAUGAACAUUCAAUCUGA